AUGUUGGUGGGCGCUAUUUUCCUAUCAGGACUCUAUGCAGUCGAUGCAGUCGCUAUUCCCAAGAAUCUGAAGGCCGACCUGUUUAACAUCGGAACCCAGGAGCACCUUUUCCCAUUUCUGGCGGGCUCUGGGCCAUAUUUUCCAUAUCCCGAGAGCUAUGGAAUUCCGAUAGAACCACCUUCCGGAUGCGAACUUUCACAGAUCCAGCUUCUUGCUCGACACGGAGAGAGAUAUCCGUCCAAAAGCAAGGGCAAGAAGCUCAUCAAGACUUGGAACAAGAUCCAAAGUUACGCAAACAAUUUCAAUGGAUCGCUAUCGUUUAUCGACGAGGACUACGAGUUUUUCAUCCAAAACCUUGACGAUUUGGAAAUGGAAACUACUGUGCAAAACUCUGUUAAUGCUAUCAAUCCAUACACAGGCGAGAUGGACGCAAAGAAACACGCCCAGGAAUUUGUGGCCCAGUACGCCGACUUUUUGGAGGCCAAUCGCGAAUUUGCUGUGUUUGCCGCUAGCUCCAAGAGAGUUCACGACACCGCUCAAUACUUCAUCGAUAGUCUGGGCGAUAAGUUUAAUGUCUCGCUUAAUGUUGUGAGCGAAGACCCCAGUUCCGGCGCCAAUACUUUAUCACCAGGAUAUGCUUGUCCUGCAUGGAAUCCAGACGAAAAUGAUGACAUCCUUGGUAACUACUCGACUGCUUACUUGAAAGAGCUGGCGGGAAAGCUCAAUAAAGAAAAUCGCGGUUUGAAUUUGACGACAUCAGACGCUUAUAACCUCUUCGACUGGUGUGCUUUUGAAUUGAAUGCUCGUGGCUACAGUGAAAUUUGCAAUGUGUUUACUGCGGAGGAACUUAUUCACUAUUCCUACUACAACGAUCUUGAAGCUUUCUACCAAGACGGGCCCGGUUACCCAUUAAUUCAAGCUGUCGGGGCCCUCUAUUUCAAUGCUUCGGUCAAACUCCUCAAACAAAGCGAAAAGCUCGAUCAAAAGGUUUGGUUGAGUUUCACUCACGAUACUGACAUCCUCAACUACUUGACCACUGUCGGUUUGUUUGACAACGGUAAAAACCUAGAUCCAUCUCGCAUCCCAUUCACCGAUCAGGUCUUCCACAAGUCGUGGUUGAUUCCACAAGGUGCCAGAGUCUACACACAAAAGUAUCAGUGUAGCAACGAUUCUUACGUCAGAUAUGUGGUCAACGACGCGGUGAUUCCAUUAAAGAAUUGCUCAGAUGGGCCCGGUUUUUCAUGCAAGGCUGAAGAAUUCUACGAAUACGCCGAAAAGAGAGUCGCAAACCAGGACUUUUUCGAGGCUUGUAACGUUUCUAGCGUCAGUAACACCACUGAGCUAACUUUCUUCUGGGACUGGAAUACUACUCACUACAAUGCAACUUUGCUUGACGAGUGA